AUGUCUGAAAAUCAACAACAAAUUGGUAAUAAUAAAAGAUAUGCCCAGUUACAAUCUGAUGAGAAUAUCAAUGUAGAAAAUCAAAAAUUACGUAAACCAUUAGGAAAUUUAUCAAAUAUAUAUAGAACAAUAGAAACUGAAUAUUCCAUUAAACGUCAUAGAUCAUUUAAUAAAAAAUUGAAAACAUGUUCUGCCACAACAACAACAACAACAACAACAAGAACAAGAACAACGACAAGAACACCAUCGUCAUCAUCAUCAUUAUCAUCAUUAUCAUUAUCUUAUGGAAAUACAGAUUCAAUGAAUAUAAUUCGACGUAAUGAAAGAGAAAGAAAUCGUGUAAAAUUAUUAAAUAUGGGAUUUGAUCGUCUUCGAGCUGUAGUACCAUGUCGUACAGGUGAACAAUUAAGUAAAAUAUCAACAUUAAAAAAAGCAAUAUGGUAUAUUGAACAUUUAGAUAAAGUAUUACAUGGACAAGAAAAUUCAUAUUCUCAUUUCAAUAAUCAAUCAAUAUCUUCAUCACAAAUGAAUCCAUUAAUUGAUGAUAUUGGUGAAAGUAUAAAUAAUAAAAUUAAACAAAUUGAUUCAUUUAUAUCAUCAUCAUCAUCAUCAUCAUCAUCAUCAUCAUCAUCAUCAUCAUCAUCAUCAUCAUUAUGUAAAUCAGCUGGACUAUUUGAAAUCAAUCGCAAUGAAGCAAAAUCAGGGACCUCCUGGUCAUCUUUCGAGAAAGUUAUGUCACCCUAUGGAAACAUAUCUAUUCAAGAAAGAAGAUCAGUAAAUCAAUUAUAUCUGUCACCGAUAUUUCCGACUCAUUGGGGUCAAAACAUUAAUACUAAUAGUAAUACUACUACUACUACUACUAAUCAUAAUAAUAAUCACAAUGAUAUUAAGGAAAUAACAUCGACACCAAUAAUUGACUCAACUUCAUACAAUAUCAUAAAUCCUAUUAGACAAGACCAUAAAACUGUACCACAUUCAUUAUCUAAUUCUAAUUCAUCAUUUAUUGAUUAUUCAAAUGAUUCCGGUUAUGAUAGUUCUAAAAAUCAAUUUGAAUUAUUAUCAAAAAUCAAUAAUCAAUAUUCAUUACCAUCAUGGUAUCAUAUUGGUUAUAUGCCAACAACACCAAUUUCAUCAAUAUCUAAUUCAUUAAAUAAUCAAUCCACUUUAAAUGUAUACAAUAAUAUUUCUAAUCUUCAAUAG